UUACUGACGAGAUGGCUCAAAUGGUUAGAGCGCGAAUUUAGUGACCGGAAGGUCCGUGGUUCGAACCCGACCUCCGCCACUCGACUUCCCCUGUCUAGGCUUGGGCAACCUGACAGUAUCCCAGCCCUCGUGCUUCCUUCGGGUGGCAUGGCAGCUAGGCACCGAAAGGGCGCUACAGCUGAACGAUUAUUAUUAUUAUUACACAGUUACUGGUGCUUCCGUAAAUCAUUGAGAAUGAACCGAGCCAAACGGUACCGGUCGUUGUUCAGUAGCACCCUCCCGGUGCCUAGUUGCCAUCCCAAAGGAAGGAGGCAUGAGGGCUGUGAUUCUGCCCGGUUGCCCAGGCCUAGACAGGAACGAUUGAGUUGCAGAGAUCAAAUUCGAACUACGGACCUUCCGGUCCGUAAGCUGCAGAGCUAUCUCCAGACCGCUAACUACUGUAGAGAGAUAACAAUAAUAAUCACACAAAAAUGUUACAGCCACAACAAGCCUCACUACAUAAAAGUUAAUGGAAUGAAGACCAUGCACAAUGAUUCUCUGGAAAAGGCUGAUGACCUUCCUUACUGGCCAGUUAGAAAGCAGGGCCUGGCCUACCCAAGCGUGGAUAAUCACCAGUGUCGACGGUUAAAGCGUAUCACUUGGUUCGGAACGACUUUAUUGGCUAUUUGUUCCUUGACCACUUCUCAUCGGUACAGGGCUGGACAAAAAGUGCUAUGCGAGGUAGACGGUCCAACAAAAAUGAAAUCGUUCAGCUGUGACACCCUUCCGGUGCCUAACUGCCAUGCUACUCGAAGGAAGCACGAGGGCUGGGAUACUGUCAGGUUGCCCAAGCCUAGACAGGGGAAGUCGAGAGGCGGAGGUCGGGUUCGAACCACGGACCUUCCGGUACUUCAGUCGCCGAAAACAUCCAACACUAUCAACCGUAGUGGCUCGGUCACGUCCUAUGCAUUCCCAAAAACCAUCCACCGAGACGAGUGUUGUUCUCCGAUUCGUAACCGACUGCGGGACUCGUGGUUGAGGCGCGAAACUGCCGACUGGAAAGCCCAUGGUUCAAACCGAACUCCGGCAUCUCGAUCACUCCUGUCUAGGGUUGGGAACCCUGACGAAAUCUCAGACCAUGUGCUCCCUUCGAAUGGUAUGGUAGCUAGGCACCGAAAACACGUUACAGAUGAACUGUUAUUUUUAUGA